CACCACAUCGUUCACCUCAUCAUGGCCGGAGAUGCUGUGUCGUCCUCCGCCAGAGGCGCCGGCUUUCUCAUCCUCUUGCAGAUUUCCUCCCGCGCUCUCACCUUCGCUCUCAACCAAGUACUGCUCCGAUUCCUCUCUCCGGCCUUGCUAGGAGCAUCGGUGCAAUUGGAACUCUUCGUCAUCUCGGCCCACCACUUCGCACGGGAAAGCCUGCGAGUAGCAUGCCAGCGACAGCCAGAUGGUGGCAUUCAAGCCGCCAUAAAUCUGUCUUAUCUGGCGAUCGCUGGCGGCAUACCAAUCGUCCUCGGGCUGGCUCAAUGGUAUCUCACUACAGCUGUUCCGGAUGUACCAUACUUUGUGGAGGCGCUGCGAGUCUAUCAAGUGGCAGCCAUCAUCGAGCUAUUCAGCGAGCCUGCUUUUGUCACAGUGCAGCAGAACAUGUUGUACAAGACACGGGCAGCAGCAGAGGCUUCAGCCGUUGUGUUGAAGACCUUUGCUACUGCAGGAGCAGUGUUCUGGAGCCAGAGACAAAAUUUUGAUCUCGGAGUGCUGCCAUUCGCCGCUGGAGAACUUUUCUACUGUUCAGCUUUGACAGUCGUGUACCUUUGGCAGACCAUCCCGGUCGCUCGGCGCCAAAAUUUCUCUCUUCUUCCAAAAUCAAUCAAAUCGAGUCCCGCAAGUGACUUCAUCAUGUCUCUCUUCUCCAAAUCACUAUUCAAUUUGAGUAUAUCUCUCUACUUACAGCAAGGCAUCAAAUACCUCUUGACAGAAGGCGAUGUCAUUGUCAGCACUACGCUUGCCACUCUGGAGGACCAGGGCAUGUACGCGCUGUCAGCUAAUUACGGUGGCCUGAUCGCACGAAUGGUCUUCAGACCAGUCGAAGAUGCCAGUCGGAACAUGUUCGCUAAGCUGUGCUCACCUGGGCUCGAUAAGACCGAAGCUACGAAGAAGAAUGACGGUAAGAAGACGACUACGAACAUCACUCAGGCCAGACAGACCCUCCAACUCAUACUGCGCGUCUACUCAAUCGUCUCGAUCAUAUGCUUCGCAGUGGGACCUUCCGCCGCACCACUUCUUCUGCGUCUGGUCGCUGGCUCACGCUGGUCUGAAUCUGGUGCUGGCGACGUACUUGGAACGUACAGCAUCUGCAUACCAUUGUUGGCGAUCAACGGUGUCAGCGAAGCAUUCGUCUCUGCAACCGCAUCUACCAAGGAUCUCCACAGGCAAAGCAUCUGGAUGGGAUUCUUCUCGCUGGGAUUCGCUGGAAGCGCUUACGUGUUCCUACGAGUACUGGCUUUGGGAGCCAAAGGUCUGGUCCUGGCAAAUUGUGUGAAUAUGGCCAUGAGGAUCGUCUUCAACCUGAAUUUCGUGCGAUCUUACUUCUUGCGACACAGCGUAGAAUUCAACGUCACGGACAUACUGCCAAACUACUACGCGACCGCCUGUGCAGCCGUGGUACCAAGUCUGAUCGCAAGGACUAGCGGCUUUCUUGCACGCUAUGGCAUGCUCGGUGAGCUCAUUCACGUGGGUGGCAUUGGUGGCAUGUUUGCCUUACUUGUGCUUGUCUCGGAGAGGCAAUUCUUCUUGAGUUGUUUCAAGCAAUUUCGAUCUUAGACUCCUUUGUGCGAGCAAAGUUUGCAACAUCAAAAUACAAAAUACAUCAGAGAUUUACUUCAUUUCUCAAUCGACAUCAUCCACUUGCUUCGCACAUUAUCUGCUCUUGAAGCUACCGGCGAUCUGUUGAGAGUGCUCUCGACAUGACUUCAGAGGAUGCUUUACAAAUCUGGCGCGACAGCCGCAGCAAGGAUAGUCAAUGGCGACGAUUGGAAUCCGGAUCAAAACUCGAAGAAGCAUUCCAGUGGACAACAGCAGACCGAAAUAUUCUUGAAGACAAAUCCUCGCAACCUGCACGAAAGACGGAAGCCGCCGAAAAGGUGCUUGGAACCUGUGAGCUUCUAGAAUAGAUACUGCUAUUAUGCCAUCCGCGAGAUCUGCAUAGAUUUCAACGAGUUUCG